AUGGAUAUCAUUACCGGAAAAUUUGCACCUGCAGAUCGAUUGCCGUUAACACAAUACCUAGCAUCCUACAUCAACGAGGCCCCCAUGACUGACAUGUCACUUCGUCCAGGACCCAACAAUCCCGGCAGAACAUAUAAAUGGUACAACGGGACUGCAAUCUUCGAAUUCGAGCCUGGAAUGCACUACACAAACUUCACCACCGAUCAUGUCAUAGUAUCAACGCCACAUAUCCCGAUCACUGUCCCUUCACGUCCUCACCGAUUCAAGGCGAAACUAAGUCGCUCUAGCCUAUUUAACUGGAUCAUUUGGACCGGAACCAUAUCCCAACAAAGCACUCGUAGCAUAACAACCACCGCGAACUUGAACCUGAUACUUGGGUCUUUGGCUAGAGUUGACGAAAGCGGGAAUAAGGUGCUGUAUUCUGGAGAUUAUAUAUUGUUGAUUGAUAAUCAACCUCUAGCGUCUGUCAAUUUCACGUUGACUGGAGAUCAGAUCGUGUUAGAUCAGUUGCCGCAGCCGCCGGCGAAUAGGAUCGGGAAGGGUGUGAAUGGAUUUGAAGACUAUUUUGUUGGGGGUUAUGGGAGUAGGCAGAGUCCUAUGCGGGCAGCUUCCGAGAAGCCAUAA